AUGCUAAAGGAAUUUAAAGCCUUAGAUGCAAACUACACUUGGGAUAUUAUUCCUCUUCCUCCUCACAAGAAGCCUAUGCCUUGCAAUUGGGUAUACAAGAUCAAACAGAGGUCUGAUGGGUCCAUUGAAAGGUAUAAGUCUAGACUAGUAAUAAAGGGUGACACUCAGAAAGAAGGCAUUGAUUACACUGAAACAUUUUCUCCUAUGGUCAAGUUCACCACCAUCAAGUGCCUUCUCAUUAUUGAUGCCAAGAGGCAUUGGACUGUUUAUCAACUUGAUGUCAACAAUGCUUUCUUACAUGAUGAUCUCCAUGAGGAUAUAUGA